CCGAGUUGGUUCUUGUGGACGAGGACGGCGGAUUCAGACAUGCCGCAACUCAAUUAGCUUCUCUUAGGUUAGUAUCUUUUCCGUUGUUUAGUUAUCGUAUAUAUGGAAAUGCUGGGACUCGUGUUUAUUUUUGCAGGCAUCAUCUGAUUGAUGAACAAGUAGGAUGGUUGAAUAUGUCGGGGAAGCGGAUCAAAAAGCAUUUUAUGAUCCAUGCUUUGAUGCUGCAAAAUUAGCAAAGUGGCUUCCUGCUGAUGAUGGGAAGCCAACCCUAAAAGUUAGUUUUUUAGGUUUGAUUACUGAAACAUCAUCAGUCGGGAUUGACAGGCUAAUGGAUGAUGUCAAAAUGAGAUUUAGAGAAGUGCUUCUUAAAAGAGGUUAUGCUGAAGAUAAUGAGAGUGAACAAAUUUCUGAUGAACUUGCACGUGGAGGAAUAAAAUUUGCCAUCUUGCAGAAUGUUGGGGAGCGAAAGAGCAACGAUUGCAAAAUUGAUAUUGUUGGGGUUCUCGCCUCUAAGGGGCAUCCUGCAUUCCACUUGCAACUUGUGUAUACCAGUGUUAGUCAGUUUAUUGAUGGUGCUAAAGUAAAUAUUCAAGACAUUAACAAGAAGUUGGAUGAUGAUUUUACUAGUAAUGAACCCAACCUCAGGGCUAUUGUGCUGAACCGGGAAAGACGAAAAGAUGAACUUAUAUCACCAAAAUCUACUCCUUUAAAAUAUGGCAACACUUCUAGGAAUUCAGGAAGACGUGGUGUAAAGCUUAAGAAGAAGCCUCGCAGUUCUGGUGGAGGCAGUGGCGGUCCCAAAAACAGGGCGAGGAGAUUGUCAAGUCCUGAAAAACCUUUAUUGGAUCACAGUUAUUGGUUACCGAAGGUGAUAAAAGAUAUGGUCCAUAGAGGGAUCCAGGACUGGGAUCCUCAUGGUUUACAUUUGGUGAUGGUUCAAACAGU